AUGGCGGUCCUUUUCACAGUCAUGUUCGUCUUCUGGCGAUUUAUGGAGAUCCUUACCUUGAUCCCCACAAUGGGCAUGCUGGCGUACUUUGUACACGGCUGGGUCCAGAACAAUCUCUUGACGCCGAAUUAUAUAUUGAUAUUAUUCAUUGUGUCGGUGUUGGCGCUGGCGUGGGCGCUGGCGACGCUGUUCAUGUACCACAGGAGCAGCGCCAAUGCCCUGUUCGUGUCCAUCGUGGACCUGCUCUUCGUCGGCGCCUUCAUCGCCGCCGUCUACUACCUGCGCUUCAUCAGCAACGCCGACUGCACGCACAUCACGCGCGGCGACAAGUGGGACGUCAGCUUCGGCAUCUUCGGGUCCGUGUACGGCAACUCGCUCGGCGUCCACGUCGACAAGACCUGCGCCAUGCUCAAGGCCUGCUUCGCCUUUGGCAUCAUGAACUGCAUCUUCUUCUUCUUCACCGCCAUCCUCGCCUGGUUCCACGGCGACCGCGUCGCAAAGGACCGCCGCUACGUCCGCGAGACACACUACCACCGCCACGGACACCGCCACUCCGGCAGCCGGAGCCGUCGGAGCUCGCACUCGCAUCACCGCGUCUACGUCUAA